AUGACAAUCCAACCGGCUUUACCUACACCUCCUGCCGGCGGCCGCCCUCAUUAUUUCCCUCCUACGGCUCCUACUCCCCCGCCGAACAUGAUGCGUACUGAGAUCCGUCGACCAAGCGUCAACUUCCCGCAAUCCGGUAGUGCCAGUCCAAUUACACAGUACUCACCUUACAGCCAGCCAGCCUCUGUUGCGUCGAGCCAAUACGACAACCACAGUACUCAGGGACCAUACGGCCAGAUGCGUAGACACACCCCAGUGCACGAUUCCCGUCAGGGGUCUGUGUCCAUGGAGAGUGAACGCAAUAGCAUGAUAGCCAUGGCCCCAUCCAACCAGAGCAGUGUUCAGCUCAUGACAAUCCAGAGCCAGGACGGGUCUUUGCACAACAUCCAAGUGGAAACACAAACCGCAUCCAAAGGCGCCGAUGAGAAGAGGAGGCGUAAUGCUGGCGCAUCAGCACGUUUCCGUGCCAGAAGGAAGGAAAAAGAGCGCGAGGCUUCCAUGAGCAUAUCGAGAUUGGAACAGAGCGUCCGCGACUCGAACGAGGAUGCUGAGUAUUACCGUUCUGAGAGGGACUACUGGAGAUCGAUUGCCAUGCAAGCUCAUCCAGAACGCCACAUCACCCGACCGCCGUCGCCUCGGCUGAGGCGUGUUUCGGUAGCACCGUCACGCGCACCAUCUUCUACAACGGGACAUGGCUCAGAGGCUUCGUAUGACGACUACGAAGAGGAAUUUCGCGAGGAAGAGCGCAACGUUCGAAGGAGAACCAGUAGCUACCAUCCAGCUGUUGGUCCUCACCACGCCGAGGCACCUUCCAGUCACGACUCACAUGGCUAUCCUGCAUCCACCUUUGCACCUGUAAAUCACUCUGCACAGCAUACUACCCAGCCUCAUCAGUAUCCACAGCACCAACAGGCGCAAACCACAGGUCCUCACCAUCCUGCGCCUAAACAAGCUGCUUACCGCGACUCUUUCCCACCUGAGGCUCGUCGAUACGAGCACCGUGCCUAG